AUGGGGGCCGCGAGGAUACCGGUCUCAUUGAGGUGUCCCGCACGUUUCUUCCGCAGACUCACCUGUCGAUACGGAUUCGAUUAUGCUCCUCUUUAUUUGCUCGUGCUCUGGAUUAUCAUAUCCUUCUACGCGUACGGGGAGAAAUUUUGCUAUCUCGUGCUGUCAAGAGAAGGUGUCAACCCAGAAUUCCGGAAUCACAAGCUGCUAUUUGGCUUCCAACUGACAACGCUCCUGUAUGGACUACCGGCGGUUUGCAUCUUGAUUCCAUCGAAAAAGAGACGCAAGAUCGCCGCUGGAGAACGCCUCUAUUUCUGCAGAUGGUGUCAUGAUGUCAUCGACGGGAAUACAGCUCACUGUUUUACGUGUGACACCUGCGUUCAACAGCACUUCACGCAUUCGACAAUUUUCAACUCGUGCAUCGGUCAGGCGAACGUCGUUGCUUUCUUUCAGUUCCAGCUCUACUUCGCUUUUAAUCAGGCUUACGUCCUGUUGACGUUGUGUAAUGAUUUCGGAGCUUUGGACAUGAGCCACCUCUCGCAUGCGUUGGUGACGUAUUACCUCGCGAUGACCUUUUUCGUUUUCUUGGUUGUGACAUUUUAUUUCGUCAUCAAUCUCCUCUACCUGGCGCUGAACAUGAAGCCCGACGAGCCCUCGCACUGGAGAGAAUCUCUUCGUUGCGAGAGACCCCUCGAGAACCUUCGGAAAACGUUCGGAACUUACGGAUUCCUGAGGCUCUUGCUUGUUCCCACGAUUCCGGGCGGUGAGACGUUUCCAAAAAUUAGCCCACUCCCUCCGAGCCUUUGUAAAUACCUCCAGCGAUUGUGCCGCCACGUCGAACUAUGUCACUGA